AUGAACCUCGAGGCGCCCAAAGCUGAAAUCAAGUCGGCCACCCGAGUCAGCGGAGGCCCCGCCACUCCACGCAAGGGCCCCCCCAAGUUCAAGCAGAGGCAGACUCGUCAGUUCAAGAGCAAGCCUCCAAAGAAGGGCAUCCAGGGCUUUGGUGACGACAUCCCUGGAAUGGAGGGCUUAGGCACAGACAUCACCGUCAUCUGCCCCUGGGAGGCCUUCAAUCACCUGGAGCUGCAUGAGCUGGCCCAGUACGGCAUCAUCUGAGCCUCCGAGCACCGUCCUGCAUCCUCCACGGAUUACAGGCCUCAGACCAUUUGCCUCAGGCUCCGUCUCCCGGCUUCAAAUGGAACUGUUCAACACAAACGUCCACGACGAACUGUAACAGACACAAAAAAUGGAAAAAGAAAAAAACCUUCUACAAAAACACCUUCACUCUCUGUCCUGGAUACUUUUUCUGAUUCUGAUUCUGCAGGUCACACUUUAUCUGCUCGUGUUUAGGAUCUUUCCUUCUGAUUCUCGUGACUUCUCUAGUUCUGCACAGUUACCUCCUUCUCUCUCUCUCUCUCUCUCUCUCUCUGUUUCUCUCUUUCUAUCUCUCUCUCUGUCUCUCUCUCUCUCUCUCUCUGUCUCUGUCUCUCUCUCUCCUGUUGCCGUCCUUCUUUUUCCUCCUCUCUUCUUCUUCUCAUGGACAAAACAUGAAACUUACACAAGCAAGGCAGCCUCAGUUUGAGUUUAAGUGACAAACCCGUGAACGUGGGGGGGGGUUCCCACGUCAUGUGCUUCUCUUUUUCCAGCUCAGAGGUUCUUUCUCCAUCGACAUAUUAAACAUAAAGCCUGUAGAUUCUGUAGAGAGCGGACGGCAGCUCAGCGUGAGACCUUUCAUUGGAUAACGUUAAUUACUCAUCGUCAGAUUUCCCUCUUUCACUCAAGUUUCUAUUAUUAUACUAAAUAAAUAUCUACUAGUGUUGGACACAUGUGACUUAGUAUGAAAAAGGCUUUAAAAACAUGACCUUUGACCUUAUUUUUCAUGAAAAAUUCGAGAGAGAAACCGCUUUAACCAACGAAAAAGUAGAAUGUGUGAUUUAAACGGGCAGAAUUAUUAUAUUCGUAAAAUUUUCUAC